CAUUUAUUCAAUGAAUUGAUACACUAUUACUACUAUUAAAGUGAUAUUUUAAUGAUUGAAUGAACAAAAUGUCAGUCAAACCGAAAGUUUGUUUGGUUUGCGGCGAUAAGUCAAUUGGCAAGAACUUCGGCGCCGUGUCGUGUGAGUCAUGUAAAGCCUUCUUCAGGAGGAAUGCGGCAAAAGCUGAAGAAUAUAUGUGUUAUUUCAACGAUAACUGCAAAAUAGAUUUGAUUACAAGAAGAUUCUGUCGGACGUGUCGUCUGAAGAAGUGUUUCGCUAUUGGGAUGAGACAGGAUUGGAUCCUCAACGACAACGAAAGGGAAGUCCGGAGAAUCAAAAUCGAGACCAAACGACUGAAGAGGAAGCACAGCGUUGGCAACGAUUUCAUCGACUCUUCGUCGGCCAGCGACUCAUCGCCCGAACCGUCAAACACUAUCAAUACAUACGGCGACACCACUGCCAUCACCGGCACAGACAUCACACCCACUACUUCCACAAACACUUCUUCAUACACCACUCCCAUCCAUACCUCCGCCACCAAUACCUAUGACAACACAAUCUGUUUGGAUGUCGACGCAUACCUACCGGACACGAGUGAUCCCACGGACGACAACUUACUUAUAGACAACACAAUCACCGACUUCUUGGACCUAACCCUCGAGCCGGUAGUCCAUCGGCCGAUCACUGACUACAACCACUCGUUCAAUGAGAACGAGUUCGGCCGACUCAACGAACUGAUCGCCGCCACCAGUCAUUUGCAGCGACACUUCAUACCCGUCGUGACCGACGAGUUGACCCAUUUUCAGGACUGUAUCGACUGUAUGGUCAGCAAAAUAGAGAAAGACAUCCCGGCGUUGGUCCGCAUGUGUAAGAGUUUGCGAGCGUUUCAUACGGUGUGCGACGGCGACCAGAUCUCACUGCUGAAGAUGGGAGGCCUGGAUGUGCUUCUCCUCCGGUCGAUAGUCUCGUACGACUCGCUCACCAAUAGUUGGAUUAAUGACAACAAAUCCACGAGAGUUAGCGUUGAUAUGUGGAGGAAUGCCACAACGGAGGGCGUGUUUGAACGGCACACCAAGUUUAUAGCAAAUAUGUUCAGCCUAUGGGACGGCGAUCCUCUCGUACUUGAUUUGUUGUCGGCAAUAUUAAUGUUUAACCCGAAUCGAUCGAAUCUCGCACAUAAAGAGACAAUAAAACUUCAACGACAAGUUUACACACAUUUAUUGCAACGCUAUUUACACGUGAAAUACGGGUCGGAAGACGAGGCAAAGACACGGCUUAUGCAAUAUAUAAGUAAUUUUGAUGAUAUAUUUGCGUUGAGCCGAUCGCACGCCACUUCCUUUAUGGUUAAACAAGACUUCUCUAUCAAUCCAUUUCCUCUGCCACUACUCAAAGAGAUUUGCGAAACAAAACCUUCCCAUCAAUUGACUGUUUUAUAAGGAGGGAGGGAGAGAGAGAGAGAGAGAGAGAGAGA